UCCGCCGGCGGGGGCGGGGCCUCGGCGCGCGCCCCGCGCUGUGAUUGGCCGCUGAUGUGAGAAAAGUGGCGCGCGGGCGCGAGCCCCGCUCGUGGUGGCGGGAGAGCCGCACGUGGUCGCCGCUCGCGCGGGCCGCGCGCAGCAUGUUCGGGGCCAGGGCCAGUCCUCUCUUCCUGGACACUUCAGAGAUCUGGUGGCACGACCCAGCGUCCCUGCAAGCGGAGGCAGCGCCCUGGGAUGUGACAGAGGUGGCAGCCGUGUGUAGGGCAUCAGAUGAGGGCUCCGAUCCGAGCCCCCCGGAGGGGAACAGUGCAGAGGAGCAGGAUGUUCAGGACCCGGAGCUGGAGGCCAUCAAAGCCAAACUGCGGGAAAUAGAGGAGGAGGAUGAGAGGCUGAGGGAGCUGCAGCUGGAAGCUGAGAACCACCUGUUCAUGAGCUCAGAAGCAGCUCUCUUCCCACUGACAACCAAGGAGAAGAUGGAGGCUGACCAGCGUUCCAUCUACGUGGGCAAUGUGGAUUACGGGGGCACAGCAGAAGAGCUGGAGUCUCACUUCAACAGCUGCGGGCAGAUCAACCGCGUCACCAUCCUCUGUGACAAGUUCUCGGGCCACCCCAAAGGGUCAGUGCUGUGUGCGGGGUGUCCCCGGGGCUCCGCAGGGUGUCCCCGGGGCUCUGCUCACACCUUUCCCCACAGCUACGCCUACAUCGAGUUCGAGGAGCAGAGCUCCGUCAAGGCUGCGGUGGAGCUGGACGAGAGCAUCUUCAGGGGCCGCGUCAUCAAGGUGAGAGCAGGGGGAGCCCCUGGGGGGCUGCUCCCCCCAUUCCCAGCCCUGCCUGCCCGUGGCUGGGCCAAACCCCAGCUCCAGCAGCCCCUCCCCGCCCUGCAGGUGCUGCCCAAGAGGACCAACAUGCCCGGCAUCAGCAGCACGGACCGCGGGGGCUACCGGGGCUGCUUCCACGCCCGGGGAGGGCUGGGCCGCUGGGGGGGCCCCUACGGGCAGCAGCCCCGCCUGCGAGGCAGGACCUACAGGGGUCGGCCAAGGCUGCUGCCUUGGUAUUUUCCAUACUAGAAGAGGCUGGACUGCCUGGUGAUGCCAAUGGGACUGAAACGAGGAGAUGGGAUUGGAGAGAUUUAAAAAUAUGCCUGCCCAAGCCAAAAAACAGAUUAAUUUUAAAAAUGCCAUCUGCCUGGCCGUGAGGAUUACUGGUGAGCCCCGUGCUGGGCUGCAGGAGGGAAGAUGGGAUCUGCUCCAUCCUGCCAGCACCCAGGAGAGCUCAUCCCUCCUCAGCUCUGCCUGGGGGGCUGAGUUUGCAUGGAGAACAGGCUCAUUCCAGAGAACACUGUCCUGGGAAGGGAAGAGCUCUCCCAGACCAUCAAGUCUCCUCCUUAUCCCAUGGAAAAGGGCUGUCCUGGAGGGUUUGGUUUGGCUCCUGCCUGGCUGCAUGCCUUCCAUGCCACUGCUUGGCCAUGAACCUCCUCAGCUCUUCCUACAGCAGCCAGAUGCUCAGCCUUCUCUUCUCCUAAGAGCCUGAAGACACUUUCCUUUCCCAAAUCAGUGGAGAAAGUUUUGGGUUGCAGCUCCAGGUCUGAUUGCUGGGGAGCUUUUCCUUCGUCAGCCCUGGGUGUGACCUUCCUCUUGGGAAGCUUGAUGUGGUUAGGGUCUGGUUUUUAGCUCGCUGUGUUUGUACAUCCAGGACAGGGAAAAAGCAUCUCUUGUUUCUCUGGGGGCCUCUGUGUCUCUGUGGUAGUUGAGCAAGACUUGGGUGUCACAAAAUCCUUCCUCUUUUUUAGUUUGGCUGUCAGCAAACCUUUCUUCCCUCCCUCCUGCUUUUAUUCCAAGCUCCAGGGUUCAAAGAGUGCUGGCAACUCCUCACUUGACUUUAUUUCUUGCAGUCGCAGCAUUACAAAAUCACCUUCCCUGGUGCAGGUUUGGUCUGGUCUCCCUCUUCAUUGCCAUCACCAUUCCUGCUCUGGAGUCACGUUUGGGGGUGGUGCGAGCCCAGGACCAAAGAGCACCACAGGAGCUGGGUGCCAGGGAAGAAGGGCCCUGCUCUUCCCUUUCCUGCUGAAUUUGUGUUUAUCCAGCCCCCUGUUUUUAAAGGAGAAGCUUUGUGUUGGAAUGGGCAGGCAGGGAACCUGGGCAGACAGCAUUCCUGGGAGAAGUUCUGCAUGGAAAUGGGUUUUAUUAUGUAAUGCUCCCACUAGUCUUUCAGGAUCCUUGGUUAGGAUUCCUCUAACCCAGAUGCAGCAGAUGCAACCAACUCCUAAAGCAGCUUUUCACAGCUCAGGGGCAUCACCAGGCUAAAAAUCCCACUGAUUUUUUUUUCCCCCUUUAAGAUCUCUAGAUUUUUUUAAAGCUUGGGGCCUUAACUCUUCAUGUUGUGUUGAUAAUUGUCCUCAGAGCUGCUGAGACUGACCUUGAUUUGAGCUACCCUUAGGCUUAGACUAUAAACCAGCUUUUUUCUAGGGCUUCUGUUUGAUAGGAUUAUACAAUUUCGAGGCUUAUUUUUUAAUAAAAAACUACUUUGGGGUGUUUAGACUCUCUUGUGGAAGAUGCAACACUGAGCUGCCAUCUCUGUGAGUGAAAACAGCCAAAUUUUUUAGAUGAAAAUGUUUGUGGAUAACAGUGCACAGCUGUGCCUUGUGGAGAUGGUGGGAGAGGCUUGAACCUCCCGGGAUGUUCCAGGUGGUUGCUGAUAAAAUGUACUUAAGUUCUGUUUGAGAAAGUAUUUGUAACUGUUACUUAUUUUUAAAAUAAAUGAUCCUGCUGUGUGAAGUUCAUGUGCAGUUCUGGCUUUCUCCAGGCUCCUGGGGUCCCCUGGGGCUGGGCAGAUCUGUUGUUUUUAGCAGGUUUCUGUGGUUUUUAACUGAUGAGGUGCUUGCGUGUGCCUGCUCCUGCCUGCAUCUCCUCUGCUGAGCCAGGAGUGACGGAGCUGGGAUGCUUUUCAGUGCAAUUUGUGCUUUAUUCCAGAUAAAUACCUGCUACUGAUUUGGGAGUCUGUAAUUAGAACAGCAGGGAGCUGCAGGGGAGGAGAUGCUAAUGGAGAUGAAUUUGGGGUGAGCGGGGCAGCUGUGCAAUCCUGAUGGCUUAGUCCACGCCUGGAUUUGGGUGGGUUUAUUCCAGCUGCUCUGCCUGGGCUGGGAGUCACUGUGCAGUGUGUCUGGAUGAGGUGCAAAGUGGUAACAGCAACCUGGGUCACCCAGAAAUCUGCCCAGGCAGAGAGGCUCCUGCAAAGGUUUGGGUUGGAAGGGACCUUGGAGCUCCUCUUGUUCCAGG